GUUUGGACGAGCUGACGGGAAGAUGGCAGUUUCGAAAAAGGAUGCUGUGUGCCAGAGAAAACGUUUCUACAAAGAAAAACUGGUAGAAAUUUUAGAAGAAAAAGAAGAACCGAUCGAGAGAUCGGUUCUUUUAAGAAUGGCAACUAAACGACAUGGAUUUUCGAAUGACCAACGAAACUCCAUGGAUCAGGCCCUGGAAGCCAUGUUAACUAGAGGAACUGCUGAGCUUGUUUGUUUGGGCGACAAACAACACGUCCAACUCAUCGAUAAGGAUAUAUCGGUGAAUAUAAAAAAAAAGAAAAAACCCAAGGGAAAGAAAGGAAAAGCUCACCGAUUUAGGAAAGAACCAGAAGAAAAGUCCUCAAUAGGUGAUUGGCGUAAAGUGAAACCCCAGGCACCGGGGCCGUCAGAGGAUUUUGAAGAAUUAGCGGACCCGGAAUUCCCUGCACCGGGGCCCUCAAAGGACUUUGGUAAGAAUUAGCUUCGUACACACACGUGUGUGUGUGUACGAAUAAUAAUAAUUACUGCAGGGACUAUAUUGUAUACAUCUAAAUCAUCAUCAGUUCCUAUUUCUUGUGAUAUUAUUACACGUAGAAAAAGUAGGAAGAAACAAAAAAUGUGUGAAUGUUAAUUUUUAGUUUCUUUUUCAGAAACAGGGAAACGAAAGAGAGGGAAAGAAAAAAAAUAAGAGGAAGAAGACCAGGGCGAACCCAAAACCAGGAUCCUCAAUGGAGUUUGAGUAGACGAGGCGCACAGCCUUGUGAAACUAUAGCGGACUUACCUGGAGAGCAUCCUGGAGAAAACUUGCAAGUUGCCCCUUGCAGAUGAAGGAAGCUAUGCGGAAAAUGAAGUGCUUGGCAUACUCUGCCUUUCUGCAAUCAACAACUAUCAUCCUGCAAUCUAGUUUUAAGUUUUUAUUUUUUUUCAAUAAUCUUUUACGAUAAGACGGAAUCUUUUUAUUCGUUUCAAAUGACGCGCUUUGCAGAUUUUUCUUUUACCUGUAUUUAGUUUAUCUCCGUGGAACUUUUGAGGAUCUGUUGACCUUAUUGUUAAAGUUAGUUUUUCGAGUUCGCUUACUGGUUUUGUGAUGCUUGGAUUUCUCCGUAAAUUUUAACCUUGGAGAAUCUAGAGUGUUUCUUUCUAAAGUUGUUUUUUGUGUUUAUUUUAUUGUGAUAUUCUGAUUAACUUCGAUUUACUCUUAUUGCUAUUGUUUCUUUUUACCAAAAAUGGACAUCAGAGGAGUUUGGGCCAUUUUUGUUAAGGAAGAUGUUUCUCAUGUAUAUUCUGUACCUUUUCUGUUAAUAAUAUCGCAAGAAAAAGGAACUGAUGGUGAUUAGCUUUGCAAUAUGCUAGGAGGUUUAGAUCUGGAUUAUUCCUGUUUUAUUAAAAAUAGCACAAUAGUUUCGAGGAUUUCAAAGCAGCUGGCGGAUUUUUAAUAAAUCUAGCUUGCGCAUUGUUUUUGUUUUUUAUCAUGGUAUCAACACGGUGGAAUGUUUUUUUUUCAUUCAUUCAUUCAUUCGAUGGAUGGAUGGAUGAAUCUAUCUGCCAAUCUAAUUGUAUUCGUGUUUUUUACACAUGCGCGCGCGCGCAAGGCUCAGUGGAUUCCAUCGUUGCAAAAAUCCUUAUUCCAUUAUUCGUAGGAUUAAUGGAAGUAUUUUAUAUUAUUAUCAUUAUUAUUAUAUUUUUGCUGCUGUCGUUGAUGAUAAUGACAAUAAUAAUAAUGGUAAUGAUAAUAUUGAACAUUAAAAUAACAGUUAUUACGAAAUUCAUCAUAGUGACAGCAAAGAAAAGAAAAAGUUAUUGACAAGUAAAAAAAGACCUCAGCCAUUUCCUAGUUAGAAAAUAUACUCACUGAGUGAAAUGAACAAUUGAUACCCACUUCUAGGAUCCCAAAACCCGUCAAAAAUGUAAAAUAUGACAUACAGUAAGAAACAAUUUUUCUUCACACAGUUCAGUUUCGAGUAAUUUGUUUGCUCGGAUUGAUUUAAAUAGCAUUGUUAUUUCAAUAUCAGAAGAAACGUGUUUUCCAUUAUCUCAGCGUUGUAACCUUCUGCUCAUUCAGUUGACCAAAUGUAACAUUGAUCAUGCCGUGUUUGGCUACCUGUAAUAUUUUGUUUCCUUUUUUUUAAAUAUAUGUAGAUAUGAAAAGAUAA